CUGAUCACUUAUUUAAAGUCAGAUUAUCAAAAUACAAAAUAGAAAAUUCAAUAUGGCUGUCGGAUGUAUAACAAUUUCUUUAAUGUUCACAAAACUUGGUAUCUAGAAGUUUUUAGGGCCGCUGCCCACAAAUUAUAUCGUGUGCCUGCUUCCAGGGCACCUCCACGUGGUGACAACGGGCAACGGAGUUGUACCGUGAUCCGGCAGAGUUCCUGGAUCACGAUCCUUAAGAAUCACCUUUACGCCGUCAUGGUAGGCACACGAAAAAAAAGUACGAUGCAGGGAGUCGGAACCCCAGUAUCGGUGGCUGGACAGGGUAAGAAAGCGGGCCCGCAGGCGUCGUCAUCAAGCAACCGCAGCUCUACAUUGGUGGGUGAUCUGAUUUCAAAAUCAUAGUUAGCGAGCUCAAAAACUCACAGAUACUAAGUUUUGUAAAAAUCCGACAGCCAUAUUGGAUUUGCUAUU